GCCGCCAUGUUGGAUGGUGCGUGUGGGUGUCAAACCCAGGCAGAGGCGGCGGCGGCGGCCGCCGGGCACCGGGACCCCCCUUUCCGCGCCUCCCGCGGCCCCUGCCCCGCUGCUCCCGCAACGCUCCGCGACCAGCGCCAGGUCAUGAUUUUCAUUUUCUCGUGUCGUUCUCAUGAGGAGAGGAAAUGAUUGUAGUGGAACGUGUUACAAAUAAGCCACUGAUACGGAGCCUUCGCAGUUCAGAAACAUUCAUAGAAGAGCAAAUAUAGCCCUUUUUUUUGUGUGUGUGUGUUCUGGAAUCUGUCUUGUUAAAAAAGGGAAAUAAAAAUGACGACUUCGUCUAUUAGGCGGCAGAUGAAGAACAUUGUGAACAAUUAUUCAGAGGCCGAAAUAAAAGUUCGGGAAGCGACCUCUAAUGACCCUUGGGGUCCCUCCAGUUCAUUAAUGACUGAAAUAGCAGAUCUGACUUACAAUGUUGUGGCCUUUUCUGAAAUUAUGAGCAUGAUCUGGAAACGACUCAAUGACCAUGGCAAGAACUGGCGACACGUGUAUAAGGCCCUUACUCUGUUAGAUUACCUGAUUAAAACUGGUUCUGAGAGAGUGGCACAGCAGUGUAAAGAGAAUAUUUUUGCUAUCCAGACAUUGAAAGAUUUUCAGUAUAUUGAUCGAGAUGGUAAAGACCAGGGCAUCAAUGUGAGGGAGAAAUCCAAGCAGCUAGUGUCUCUUCUGAAGGAUGAUGAGCGACUCAAGACAGAAAGGGCCCAAGCCCUGAAGACCAAAGAACGUAUGGCUCAGGUGGCCACUGGAGUGGGUAGCAAUCAGAUCACCUUUGGCCGAGGCUCCAGUCAGCCAAACCUAUCCACCAGCUACUCUGAGCAAGAAUAUGGAAAGUCUGGAGGAUCCCCAGCAUCUUACCAUGGCUCUACAUCCCCUCGAGUUUCCUCAGAGCUUGAGCAGGCCCGGCCUCAGACAAGUGGAGAAGAGGAGCUGCAGCUGCAGCUGGCGCUGGCCAUGAGCCGGGAGGUGGCGGAGCAGGAGGAGCGCCUCAGACGCGGAGAUGAUCUGAGAUUACAGAUGGCUCUGGAGGAGAGUCGCAGAGACACAAUUAAAAUUCCCAAAAAGAAGGAGCAUACCACUUUGUUGGACCUCAUGGAUGCCCUGCCCUCCUCAGCACCGGCCCCACAGAAAACAGAGCCUUGGGGACCUCCUGCUGUUGCAAACCAGACUGAUCCCUGGGGAGGAUCCACAGCUGCAGCUACUGCCUCUGACCCGUGGCAAUCAUUUGGUGCCAAACCAGCUGCUUCCGUUGACCCUUGGGCAGCACCAGCACCAGCAGGAUCCACAACUCAGACUCUGUCCAAAAAUGUUGACCCUUGGGCUCCUGCUCAGCCAUCUUCUACUGCAGCAAAAUCUUCUGUGGAUCCUUGGGGACCAGCACCUGCAAACAAACCUCUCUCUGCUUCUGGAAGUACAUCUUUUGACCUCUUCAAUAAUUUGAAUGGUACAGUUAAAGAUGAUUUUUCUGAAUUUGACACACUUCGAACUUCCAAAAAGCCAGCUGAAUCAGGUUCCACUUUGCCGUCUCAGCAUAGCGGUACCACAAGCCCUGAUCUCUUUGAUUCCCAGCACUCGAACGUGUCAUCAGGCAAACAAAGUGCAGCUCGGAAAACCCCUGAGUCUUUUUUGGGCCCCAAUGCUGCUUUGGUGAACCUGGAUUCGCUGGUGUCUAAGCCACCACAACCUGUUACUUCACUGAAUCCAUUCUUGGCACCAGGCGCCGCUACAGCACCAACUCCAAUCAACCCCUUCCAAGUGAAUCAGCCUCAGCCACUCACUCUAAAUCAGAUGAGAGCGAGUCCUGUGAUGGGAACCAGCCCUUCCUUCAGUGCUGUGCCACCGAUGAGCAUGGAGCCAAUACCUCUGUCUUCCAUGGCCCCAGUGCCUGUGGGAAUGGCACCCAUCCCAGCUAUGGGCACCGUGGCAUCUAUAACACGGAUGGGCCAGGGGCUGAACGUGAGCAUUGCAGGAUCAAUGACCCAACCUCUUCACAGUACAGGAAUCCCGCCGUCAGCAUCCCAGUCUACAAAUACAACUAACCCUUUUCUCCUAUAAAGACCCAAUUAAAGGAACUUUCUUUUCCUAGUGUUUCCAGGCUGAAGUCCUUACAGCGAAAUGAACGUGGCCUGUGUGGACUGAAUGGUGUGUAAGAGACUUGGAAGUAGAUUUGCAGUUUACAGUUAUGAUCUUUGAAGAGUUGUCUCUACUUACCAGUUAAUCUAAAUCUAGUCUUUGCUACAGAUGGUACCUUACUUUGGCUUGUUGAGCAUUAUGUGAAAUGUUCAGACUUUUCACCAAAGUUAGAUUCUGCCCAUUUUGUUACUUUGUUAAUCAUUUCAAUACACUUUCUAGGGAGAACCUGCCAUUUUAAACUCCGUUGGCUAUUUUGUAGAUGUCAGAUGGUGUGCUGGAUCCUGAAAUUACUAUUUACCUGCAUCUGUCACUUCCUAUGCCCAUACGAUAGACCUGAGAUUCAGAGUGCUAGUGAAUGUUUUGCACAUAACUAUACACAGUUCUAGACUGUUGGUUCACCCAUAGUCCUUACUCUUAGAAGAGAACGGUUCGGAGGGCCCAGGUGGCUGGUUUUUAUGCAUUAAAACAUUGCAACGCAAAAUGGCACUGCUUUCCCACCAGAGGUGUGUGACCCAGAAAGCAAGCUUGUCUCAAAAGGAAAAACAAACAAACAAACAAAAAAGCAGACAGAAAAAAACAAAACAAACCACCCCAAGAACAUUCUGAAGUUGUCAAGUAUAAUGUGUGCUGUUGUAUGCAGUGUUGAAUUUGUACACUACUCUCUAAGGACUCCUGAGGAACUCUCUGUGAGUGGCAUGCUGCACUCGUGCUGAGUGAGUGUCCUGCUCUGUGCUUGUCCAGUACCAGCUUCAUUUGGAAGUUAUGUGUAUUUUGUUUUUAUUUGACUUACAAUGUGAGUUGAAAGAAAAAAGAAAAUAUUAAAAAAAAAUAAAUACAGUGGGACAACUUUGAAUUCAGUUUCACCAGGGCAAGCUUUAAAACUAAUUCAGGCUUAACCUUGCUAUAUGCAGUUACUCUUGUAUACUUUUGCACAUAUUUUGUUUAGUACAGUUUCAUAUUUGAGUUUGCAGAGUUACCUAGUAGUCCUUUUUUUGCUAAUUUUUAUAAUGUGGUUCUUAUUUAACUGUCUGGUUUUGAUAGAUUUAUCAAGUCUGGCUGAAAAAUUAAGAUAUUGGCGAAUGUCAUUUUUAUGGUUUUAAUGCCCUCUUAUUUAUGGUUUUAGCUCUUUGUUUCUGUAAAGAGAGUUUAAAAGGGAAGAUUAACACUAAAAUAUUUACUUUUAAAUGAAGUAUUCAUAAUGCAAAUCAAAACAAAUUCUCGUGACUAAUUAUUUUUAGAUGAAUUGAAUUUGAGCAUAACAUGAUUUAAGACUACAUUAAAAAGAAAAAACACUAAAGUUGCCUUUUUCCCUUGAUUUGUUCCCGUGUUCCGAUUACCAAACUGGACAUUUAGCCUUGAUGAAGAUCAGAAAAGAGGCUGUUUGUUGUUUUUUUUGUUGUUGUUCUUUUUUUUCUGGUAAUAAUUCUUGAGAUGUUAAAAAUUCUAAUGUACAAGCACGACUCAUUAAUUUUAUUGACUAAUUUUUCUGAAUGAAAGGUGCACUCCACAUUAAUAGCUGGUUCCAUUUACAACAAUUAAUUGUGAGCUGAACUGUACAUUUUAACUUGCGUGUCUGGACUCGUCAGCACUAAACCACGCUCAGGUUUCAGCCAGUGUUUCUGGUGGAAACCUGGCCUUGUCAAAGACAGCGACCCAAAGGGAUGUCCCAGUGCUUGCUGCUGCCUUGAGGGCAUCUCUCUGAAUGAACUGAUGCAUCUUGGUGGCCUUUCCCUAAUGAGAAGGAGGGGGGGAAAACAAACAAAGAAACUGAGAGAAAUUGCCAGAGUUGUGUGUUGUGGUGUGGUGAUGCUGUGUGGGGCUGUGCCAGGCGUGUGCUGCAGGAGAGAGGGGCUGGCUAAGGUGGAAGGGACUGGGUUCUAUCUUUUGGUGGGUAGGGGAGGCUGAAAGACUAUCAACUCUGGGGUACAAUCACAGAUUUUAGCUGUGUAGGUCAGCGUAGCUCUAUUAGUAUAUGGAAUGCUAAAUGUGUGGAUGUUUCUAUGCAGAUUGUUCUAUCCUCUUGAAUGCUGUUGGUUUGCAAGUAUGAUUCAGAAUAUUCAUCUGCUCUUGUUUUUAUAUAGGAGGAAGGAGAACUGAUGUCCACACCCAGUAUGUCUUUAAGAAAACAAAACAAAAAACCAUUCAUGUUGCCUUUCAGAGUGAGGAAAAAUACUUCACUUGUUUUGUUGUUGUUGAAGUUAUUGAAAAGUGUAGGUCAGGAAGGGUGUGAUCCUUGCAGAUGGGGGUGGGUGGGGAGGGAAGUGCUUUCCAAUUGAUCUGUGGCAAGAUUUAUCUGUCAUUAUUUUUCCAAUUUAAUUUUAUCAACAGUGGAAUUGAGGUCACUUGAUGUUAUUCCCUUGGUCUGUCACCUGACUGCUUUUGCUAGUUAGAUGGGGCUUUGUCUAUUCAGCCAAAAAGUUCCGACCACAUCCUCUUGUUAAACACUAGGAAACUGUUUUUGGAGCCAAGAUGGGGUUGAUAGUAAGUAUUUAAAGAGGUGAAGUAAUCUACCCUUCAGAGUCACAAUCUGUCACCAGGAGUUGAUAAAAAUGUGCUGUUGGUCUGGUAGGAAACCCUGGCUUAAUGAAGCUGUUGAAUGGCAAAUUGUUGUUUUUACCAAGGCACUUCUGUAAGAGCUGUGUUACUUUUCCAUUAUAUAGAGAGACAGACACAGACCACACAAUAAACUGUGGCAGGGUGCUCAGCAGAGCCGCCAGCCCAGUCCUCAGCAUUAGGCUGAGGACCAACCAUGCCCAGAUUCCCAGCCUGACGUGGGGGUUGUGGCAGGAGCCCAGUUCAACGAGCAGCUGGUUUGGUAAAUCCCUGUGGUUCCUGGGCUGGAGACAUGCAGGUGUCUGGAGCGUGGGGCUGUAGCAGUGGUGCUGGGCAGUGGCUGCUCUCGCAGCCACAGGUGAAGCUUCAGUUGUGUCCAGAAUGGUAAAUCUCUUUCCACCAUAAUUUAACUGCUCUCCAGAAUAAUUCCUCCUCCCUCUUCACCCUCCCACUUCUUUUUGCACGGAGGACGUGUGCGUAUCCGAUCACAUCUGCUCUGGCAUAUUUCUCCAAAUGCAUUUCCCUCUUCCCCUUCUUUUCUCACUUGCAAAUAUGAAAAGUGCUUUUGAUUUUUAAAAUGUUAGUAUCCCAAAAUAGCCUUACUGGUCAAAUUGACCAAAGAUAAAGUGUUAAAUAUUUUGUAAAGAAAAAAGAAUUAAAAAAAAAAAAUCUUGGCAUAAUUUUAAACCCAAAAUAAGCUCAGUUAUUUAUUCAGUUUUAUACUAUAUAGAAACUAAACUACAUUGAGGGGACAGGGAAGGAAAACCAUGGUGGGUUGUGGUGUUUACAGUCUUUUUGAAGUCCCAUAGCUAAGACAACUAUUGUUAUCCAUCUUCCCUUUUGCUGUUACAGUUUCUAAUGUGUACUGUAUGUAUUAAUAUUGCACAAAUUGUGGAGAAAUAUAUGGUUUAUUUUUCACAGCAGAAUCUCACAAGACUCGCUUCCUUUACAAGUGUUACAAUUUAAAUAUUUACCAAACUGUUUUCAUAAUACCGGGAGCCGGCUGCUUUUUAUGAAUUUGUGCUGACUAUUGACAUUAUUUACUGUAUAAAUAAUUUAUCAUUUGUACUAUUGUAUCAUAACGUCUGUAUCUUUGUGUCAUUUUUCCCAAGCAAUGUCACAAAUGUGAUAUUUAAUAAUGCCAUCAGAACAGUGGAAAGACAAGGGGGUUUGUAGGUGACUGGUCAGAAUUAAAAUUGUAUUGCUUAUAUUCCAGCCGUGUUGCUUUUUCAAGACUCUGCGUAGUGUUUAUAAUCCCCUUCAAAGAAAAACCUGUCGCUGCCAUGAUCUAGUUUUCCAGAAGGCUGAUGGAUUUGCUUGAGGUGGUUGAAGGUUUGUGCUACAAGUCCUAGGAGGAAUCUCACUGUUGCUGAGAGUGAUGCUUCUUGUACGCUGUCAAUGUGAUGUCUUUGAUGCUUUCCUGGGGCAGGCCUGUUCUUGCUGUGAGAAAGGAGGGUUUCUUAUGGAUCACUGAAAUCAGAGUCAGUUGAGACCUUACUAACUCAAUAAAAAUGAAGACUCGUGUUGCAGGUG